CUCUAGUUCAGUCGAUAAAAAAAAUUCGAACGUGUUGGACGGGAGAACUCGGUUCGGCGGCUAUGCGGGUAUUUUUAAUCUAAGCCAUCAAAAUCCACAGCUACAGUGCAUUAAAUCGAUCGGAAAGUCGAGGCAAUAUUUCUGAAAGUGUUUACAAGUCGCUGGCAUCGUAGUCGUUAAUUGCAAAAAGCUUCUCAAGUUAGAGUAAAUCGCGAUCAUAAGCAACCUAAAGUGUUAAACCAAAUGUUAGUCUAAGCCUAAAGUGUAAAACUAGUUUAAGACCAAAUAAAACAAAAAAAUAAAACGUAAAACCGCAAUCGUACUAAAACCAGAAUUUAAACGCGUCUAAACCAAACGCUCUAAAAACAAAAACACUGAAAACAACUCCAAAAGGAUUACCAGCGAGAGAAAAAGAGAGCUCCUGUGAGAAGCUCUCUUUUGCCCACGAAGGAGCAACAUAUUUCAUCCGCACCGUUGCCCCGUAGAUCGGCAAAAUAGCUAAGUCCAUUUUGCAGUUCCUCAAAAAGAAAAAGUCCCAUCAUAGUUCCGCAUCCGGCGAGGGCAAGCUACAGGCGCAGUCCAGUUGCGAGGAGGAGGGCGGAGGAGCGGCAGCGGGAGGAGUGGCAGGAGCGGCAGCAGCGGCAGUCCCAGCGGACCAGGCUAGCAGCAGCAGCAGCGGCCCCUCGCCGGCAGCAGCAGCAUCCGCCGCCCACAGGAGCACGCCCCCCGCCGCCUCAACGACCACGCCCGGUUCGGGGGCGGAAUCAGGAGCAGGAGGAGGAGCAACCAGCUCUAGUGAGGAUCAGGCCCAGGUGUCGGCCAGUGCCACGUUCCGCCUGUCAUCAAUAACAGGGACCAUCUCCAAGAUGGGCAACAACGCCACCACGUCGAACAAGAAAGUGGAUGCCGCCGAGACGGUGAAGGAGUUCCUCGAGCAGGCCAAGGAGGAGUUCGAGGACAAGUGGCGACGCAAUCCGACCAACACCGCCGCCCUCGAUGACUUCGAACGGAUCAAGACCCUGGGCACCGGGUCCUUCGGUCGCGUCAUGAUCGUUCAGCACAAGCCCACGAAAGACUACUAUGCCAUGAAGAUUCUCGACAAGCAGAAGGUCGUCAAGCUGAAGCAGGUGGAGCACACGCUGAACGAGAAGCGCAUCCUGCAGGCCAUCCAGUUCCCCUUCCUCGUCUCGCUGCGCUAUCACUUCAAGGACAACUCCAAUCUGUACAUGGUGCUGGAGUAUGUGCCCGGUGGCGAGAUGUUCUCGCAUCUCCGCAAGGUGGGACGCUUCUCGGAGCCGCACUCGCGCUUCUAUGCGGCGCAGAUUGUGCUGGCCUUCGAGUACCUGCACUACCUGGACCUCAUCUACCGCGAUCUGAAGCCGGAGAACCUGCUGAUCGACUCGCAGGGCUACCUCAAGGUGACGGACUUCGGUUUCGCCAAGCGGGUCAAGGGUCGCACCUGGACGCUGUGCGGCACGCCCGAAUACCUGGCCCCGGAGAUCAUUCUGUCCAAGGGCUACAACAAGGCCGUCGACUGGUGGGCGCUGGGCGUGCUGGUCUAUGAAAUGGCCGCCGGCUAUCCGCCCUUCUUUGCGGAUCAACCGAUUCAGAUCUACGAGAAGAUCGUCUCCGGCAAGGUGCGAUUCCCAUCGCACUUUGGAUCGGAUCUGAAGGAUCUGCUGCGCAACCUGUUGCAGGUGGAUCUGACCAAGCGCUACGGCAAUCUGAAGGCGGGCGUCAAUGAUAUUAAGAACCAGAAGUGGUUCGCCUCCACCGACUGGAUUGCGAUCUUCCAAAAGAAAAUCGAGGCGCCGUUCAUUCCUCGGUGUAAGGGUCCCGGCGAUACGAGCAAUUUCGAUGAUUACGAGGAGGAGGCGCUGCGGAUCUCCAGCACCGAGAAGUGUGCCAAGGAGUUUGCUGAAUUCUAGAGGAGCUCCUCGUCGCCAGUCAGCCCAAAGUCCCCCAAUCGUUCUGCAGGCGUAACUGCAACUGCAAUUGUAUCCGCUACUGCGAUUGUAUCUGCAACUGCUCCUGCUGUUGUUGCCACCGCAUCGUGGUGGCAUCGCGGACCACGUCCUCAUCGUCGUUGUCGUCGUCUUGUCUAUAUGUCUACUACUUACAACUACAACAACUGUAAUAACAACAGCCACCCACAACACAACAACCACCACUACAGCCUGCGUCCAUCUGGACAUCUAUUUGUCUGCAUCUACUCCACAUCCACACCUUUGCCAACAUUGAAUUUCUCACCACACACAACAAUUCGCAUCAACCAUUUCCCUUCGUCUUCAAGUGGGACAGUUCGAUAAAACACACAGCCGGAACAACAAACAGUCUUUUCAUCUGAUGUGCGAAGCCGAGUGGAAGGACUUGGAAGACGAUUUGAAAUCCGGAUACCGAAACAAGAUAUAGAAACCGAUAAAAUAAUGACUUACACAUUAAUAUUCAUUCAUAACAUAUAGCGUAUUUAACCACGAGACUACAGAUAUUUAGUUGUAAACGUAGCUUAGUCUUAACUAAAGAAUACAAGAGAAACCGAUAAAGAACCAGCAAGAAAGUGAAGCAAGUGUAAACGCAAGACACUGAUUGAAAAACCAAUACAAAUACAAAUACACUAAAGGAAAUCCAGGAGAAUUGUCAUCUAAGCCAGGGCUAAAGAAUUUCAUUUCAUUUCAUUUCGAUCGAUCGAUCCAGGUCGGUCACUCAGUCAGCUGCAGCAAAAAAAAAAAAAAACAACAACAACAAGUUGAGAGUAUGAAACGCUUUAAUAAUUUUUAAAUGAAAUACAAAAGGUUAAAUUUAACACAAAAAUUAUGGCGCACACAGUGUGCUUGACAAAAAAAAAAAAACAAGAAGAAGCAACAUCGGCGAGCCAACAAAGAAGCAGGCGAGUCUUGCGAUUAAUUAAAGGUGUAAAAUGUGUAAAAUGUUUGCGGGAGAAGAGCAGAAACGAGUUGAAGCCCUCAGAAAAGCCAAAAGCAGAAGUCGCCGCCGAAUAAUGAGGACACUUUUCGGCUGGUUGACCAGUGAGUGAGUGAAAUCAGACCGGAUUUUUGCCCCCGCCUUUCCGUUAAACCGAGCUUGCGUUCAAGUAGCCCCGAAAAAAGAAACAAAUUUGGCGUCUUUACCGUAGACAUGUCUCUAGAUAUUUAUAUAUAUUCGCGUAUAUAAAUGUUGUACAAUCAGCGACGACGUGCAACAAUAAACCCAGCAACCGCCCGCCCCGGAUCAGAAACAGAAACAGAACCACAAGCAGUAACAUAAUCGGAACCAAGAUCAGAGCAUUAAGAAUCAUCUACCAUUUCAACAGUGGCACCCACAAGUAUGCGCACUACUUACUCAUAAAUAGUUAUCCAUCUACACUCGCAAAAGGAACCACAUCAACUACUCAAAACUCCAAAGUAUAAACACUAAAAAGCAAGUAAAAGUAAUAAAGUAACAACAAGAAACAUUUGAAACGCAGCAAGAAAUAUAUAAAGCAAAAAACAAAAUCUAAAUGUUUACAUUUAAGCCACAUAAAACAAAAAAAAAAAAAACAAAACAAAAAAAUCAACUGAAAUUUGUGUGUAUAAAACGUAUAAAACUUAGCAUUAAUGAAAUUAAAAAAGAAGAAGAAGAAGAAGCGGAUGUCGACGGAGUCAUGUCUAUAUAUACACAAAGAUUGAAGCAUUAUACCAAGAGGAGCAGAACAAAGAGAAUAUCAUGUGCUAAGUAUAAUUAUUUGGAGCAGAGAGAAAUGAAAAGAAAGAAAGAGAAAAAGGCAACUAUAGCAGUUAUAUUCAAGUAAAUAUCGAUCGGAAAAUAUAUUUAUUGUUUCGUUAUGUGCGGAGAAAUCAUUUUAAUUGGCCGUAGGAGAUAUCGAAAUCGUUUCCGAACCACCUUUUAAUUCUAAUGGCACUUCUCCGUAUUCCUUUCCCUGUUAUUAUUUAUUUUUAAAAGUCUAGACUUUUAAAUAUUAUGUUGUUGUUGUGAGAGGAGAGAUAUAAAAAAGAGCGAGAGCAACUCGGGAUCGUAACAAAUAAAAUUAAUUUAUAAAUACUUUUUAUGUUUUCUAUGAUUAUUUGUUCAACUAGUUGCGAGACAAAAGUCAUAAAUAGGCAUUAAUUAAGCAUCUAAAUUUAAUGGUAAAUAAAAGUAAACAAAGUAAAAAACAGAAAAAUCAAUCGAGUAAGAAAACAAGAAGAAGAAGAAGAAGAUGACGAUGUUUGUAGCCACGAAAUGUUCACAUCACAACCAAAUUGUCUCCCCUUUAUAUGAAACAUACACAUGUUUAUGUGUUUCCAACUAGUUUGUGUGGAGGAGAACUAUCGCCGAUCCUUUGAUUUGUGUCCUUUUGUCAGUCACCCAGACACCCACACACUCCCGAAAGAAACAAACACACAGACACACAUAAGCAUAUUCUGAAAAUAAUCUACGGUAGUCUGAGCAUAAAAUUUAAUGUGGAUAUAUAACUAAAUAAAUAUAUUCGAAACAUAUGUGCAGUAAGAGAGCAAGAGUUGAUCUUUAAUUUUGUGCAAUUUUUUUCCCCUUUGUUAGUUAACUUUUUACGGUAGCUGUAAACACUGCUCUUUAAAGAUGCAGAUACAGUAUCUGAGGAGCCCGAUCUGAGCUUUACUAUCUGACUAACGAUUUGAAUGCUUUACGUUUUUGUAUUAAAUAUACACUAUGCACUAAUUUGUACUACUCUUAAUGUAUCAUCUAUCUUUUUUUUACUCCUUAAGCUUCUCCCUCAGUCAAAAAGUUUGUUCGGUUAGGUUAGCCAGAAUAAAGGAAACCUUUUCGUUGUUGUUUCAUGUGAGUGCGUGAAAAAUUCGAGGUAAUAACAGAUUAAAUAUAUAUAUUGACAUAAUAUAUAUAUAUGUGAGAAGAAGAACCAGAACGCAAGAAAAUGAGAAAGCAAAAUUCAAGUUAUUUAAUUUAGUUUAUAAAUUUAAGUUUAUAUAGCAAGUGCAUAUAUAUAUACAAAUAUAUAUAUAUUUAAAACAAACAAAUAAGAUGAGAAAUCUUAAAAAAAAAACAACAAACAAAAACAACCAAAUAAACACAACAAACAAGCAUACAAUAAAAAACAAAUUUUGCGAAAAAGUAAAAGAAUUAUAAGUAAAAUGAUGGUUUGAAGAGGAGAGUAAGAGAAACAAGAAAACACAAAGGAAAAGAAACAAACAAACAAAAAAACCAAUAAAAUGAAUUUGAAAUCCUUAAAAAAUAUAUACACAAA